AUGGAGGAAUUGAAGCUCAUGUGCCCGACCAUGCCGUCGAUCUCUGAUAUCACCCCCAAGGUGCAGCAGAUGCUGAAGUUCCCCAAGAAGCUGUUCGAGCGCAGCAGUGGCAAGGCCUUCCUCAGGCUCACCAAGGCCAUCGUCCUGCUCACCACCGCCUAUGCGUUCCUUACCGUCAUGCCGUGGUAUCUCCUGCCACUCGGCUGGAUCAUCACAGGCACCUGCUUCGCCAGUUUGCUGGCGGUGGGUUAUGCCUGCGGUACCGACACGUUCUUCAACAACACCGUCAUCAACCACAUUGUUGGCCAGAUCUGCCUGAUUCCCCUCAUGCUCCCCUUCGAGGCCUGGCGCGAGGAGCUCACGCAGCAGAAGGAGACCGUGUGCGCCAAGGUGCAGAACUACCUGUCCUCGUUCUGGCAGGGCAUCACCGCGCACAUCGAGGCCCUCUUCUCCCUCAAGAGCAAGCGUGUGCUGGGCAACCUGGUGGUCCUCUACCUGGUGGCCGGUAUCUUCUUCCCGCUGGUCAUCUAUUUCACCGGCGUGUGGGGCCUGUUCAAGUACUACAUCAUGCCCAUCGUGGUGUACCACUUCUGGGCCUCCUCGUUCCUGAAGACCUCGUCCCUCCUCAAGCUCCUCUCCAACAUCGAGAAGAGCGACCUCGUGACUCUUGCCCACUACAAGUACCCCAAGUGGGUCGAGUUCCUCUCGUGCGAGCUCAACUAUGCCGUGUCCUCGCUGCACCAGUUCACCACCUCGCUCAACGUCGAUCUCCCGGCCGAAGAGGAGGAGACGACCGAGAGCAAGGACAACCUGAAGAAGGAGAGGAGGGUCAAGCAGGCCAACCCCAUGAUCCCCAUCUACAACCUCAAGGAGGCGUUCAAGUUCCUCAAGGAGUCGACCGCGGAGUCCAUCUCCGUCCGCCUGGAGGAGGUCGACUUCUUCGCGCUGCUCAAGUCGCGCACCGGUGAGCUCGUCAGCAAGGGCCUGAUCAAGGACGCCACCCAGGCCCGCGACGUCAUCGCCGACAUGCUCAAGGAGGUCAACUGGAUCACCGCCAUCUUCCUGGCCGUCACCCCGGUCCUCGGUGCCGUGGGCCUCAUCUACUGCCAGUACUACUGGCAGACGUGGGUGCUGUUCUUCUUCCACUACCUCACCGGAGGCAUCGGCAUCACCGCCGGCUACCAUCGCCUGUUCUCUCACCGCGCCUACUCGGCCCACCCCAUCUUCAAGUACACCCUCCUGUUCUUCGCCACCGGCUGCUUCCAGAUGUCGUGCCUGGAGUGGUGCAACGACCACAGGGCCCACCACAGGUACACCGACACGGACAAGGAUCCCUACACGAUCAAGAAGGGCUUCUGGUACGCCCACCUGGGCUGGCUGCUCUGGCAGAGGGAGCCUCCGAAGUCGGACAUCCGCGACCUGCAGCGCGACCCCGUCAUGCGCUUCCAGGACGAGUACUACGCGCCCCUGGCCCUGUUCCAGGGUCUGAUCCUGCCCACCGCGAUUGCCGGCAUGUUCUGGGGUGACUGGAUGGGCGGCUUCCUCAUCGCCGGCGUGCUGUCGCGCGUGUUGGUGCACCACGCCACGUUCUGCGUGAACAGCGUUGCCCACUACUUUGGUUCGUUCACCUACUCUGACCAGCGCACCCCGAGGGACUCGUGGCUGGUGGGUCUCAUCACCUUCGGCGAGGGCUACCACAACUUCCACCACGAGUUCCCCUACGACUACCGCAACGGCGCCGAGUACCACUCGUUCGACCCCACCAAGUGGCUCAUCUGGGCUCUCUCGUACGUGGGCGGCACCUACCACCUCAUGCGCUUCGACAAGGAGACCAUCGAGAAGGGCAAGCUCCAGAUGCUCGAGAAGGAGGUCAUCCGCCGCCGCGAGCUACUGCACUGGGGUCCGCAGCCCGACACCCUCCCCGAGUACACCAUGGAGAAGGUCCAGGAGGAGUUCUCCAAGGGCGAGCAGCUCAUCGUCGUGGACGGCUUCGUGCACGACGUGCGGGGCUUCAUCGACGAGCACCCCGCCGGCUCCGCCAUCGUCAAGCCUUACCUGGGCAAGGACGCGUCGGCUGCGUUCAACGGCCUGGUGUACAACCACUCGAACGCUGCGCGCAACAUCAUCGACACCCUGCGCAUCGGCAGGCUGGUGGAGAAGGAGAAGAGCGAGUAA